GUAUACUUGUACUUUGAUUGACAUACUUGUUCAAAUCAAUAAACAUGGAAAACAGGGAUGUUUCAGACGAACUAGAUGAUUGGCAGCAACUCGAUAAAGAAGGAAAUUCCUCCGCUGUUAAAGACGACUUCUUCACCAGGUCAUCAGUUUUUCCACCCGGAAAUCAUGAAGAUUUGCCAAUCACUAAUCAAGGCGAUGAGCGUCAGCAGCUGCAGCCACAGGAACCGAUACAUCUGCCACCACCACCAGCUGCUGGUGGUGAUGGGGUUAGGAGGUGGAUGAGACUGCAUGUGGGAGCUCUGCAAACUGGUUUUUUCCACAUUCUAGGUAGGUUGAGGAACUGUGCUACUUGUAGAGCUGGGCUGUGGUCUUUUGCAUGUAUGGCAGGUGGUGUUGUUGCCGUGAUGCUGCUCUCGUUCUGGCGGCGGAGAGUUCAGAUGUGGUGGCGGAGGCGGUUGCAGUUAGACAGCAGCAAGAAGAGUCUCAUGGCUGUCAUAGAUGAAAAGGACAAGAAAAUCAACCAACUACUUCUCCAGAUUGCUCAAAUGAAUGAAAUAUUGCUAGCACGUCGGAGGGUUCCUGUUAUUCGAGUGAAAUAACAAAGUUAACACAGGGCAAGCAAAGGAGAGAUGGUUCAUAACAACACGUAGUCUGGUUCAGACUCGAAUAAUGAAAGCAUGGCUGUUCAGCUUAUACAUAGAGCAAACUAGUAGAUUUUGGGCUGUGUAAGUUGAUCUUAGACCUUUUAUUCAGUAUGAUACUUGACUAUAGUUGUUGUAUAGAUAAAACAUCAGACUAUUGUGUAAAAAAAAGCUGAUGAAAUGUGAUUCAGAUUAUAUACAGUCUCAAUAUGUUUCAAAACAA